AUGGAGCUGCCGGUUUUACUGCUAGCGGUUCUCGUAUUCCUGGUAUACAUCUCAGCAGAGCAUUUGUGGCCGAAGCCGCGGCGACGAGACGCACGGUCCGGGAGGGAUUCGGCGCCUCUCCUGUUCUACAAAAAAGACGAGCCUUAUUACGAGUUUACUAACUUUUCGCCACAUCCCAUACAAUAUCAGGGCAAAUUGUAUCCUACAUCCGAGCACUUGUUCCAAGCCUACAAGUUCUUAUCGACCCGCCCCGACCUUGCAGAGCGCGUCCGAACGACACCCACUCCGCGCGCAGCUUUGGAAGAGGCCACGCGGAUGCGAAAGCUGCAGCGUUCUGACUGGUUCGACGUGAACAUCAGCGUCAUGGAUCAGGUCCUGGAGGCCAAGUUCACGCAAAAUGCGCAGCUAAAAAAGCUAUUGCUUGACACAGGAGAAAGGGACAUCAUUGAGGAUAGCCCUGUCGACUCAUUCUGGGGGUGCGGCGCCGACGGCCAGGGUCGGAAUGAGCUCGGCAAGGCUCUAGUGAGGCUAAGAAAGAAAUUUCGUAGACAGGGAAGACAGCACAGGUGA